UGACAUUCAGAGUACAUUUCAUUUCAAUUCAUUUCAUUACAAGUCCUGACUCCCGAUUCUCUCUCUCUCCCUCUGCUUAUUCUCUCACCAUUUUUGCUAUGGGAAUUCAAUUACACGACGCCGGCGCCGGCGGGACCUCCAGGUCCAGAUUCUUCCCGGCGGCGGCCUGCCGCCUCUGCGACUGCUGCAAAUCCGCCGCCGCCGUUCUUUUCUGCCGCCCCGACUCCGCCUUUAUGUGCCUCGCCUGCGACGCCAAAGCCCACUCCGCCGGCGGCGGCAAGCACGGCCGCGUCUGGAUGUGCGAAGUCUGCGAGCAGUCCCCCGCCGCCGUCACCUGCAAAGCCGACGCCGCCGCCCUCUGCGUCACCUGCGACCGCGACAUCCACUCCGCGAACCCUCUCGCCAGCCGCCACGAGCGCUCCGCCGUCGUGCCGUUUUACGAUACGGCGGAAUCCGUCGUGAUCAAAUCCACCGCCGCCGCCGCCACCGUCCUCCUCCUCCACUCCCCCGACGCCAAAUUAGACGCCGCAAUUGAUGAUCACACCGCCGGCGGCGAUUGGACCAAUCCGAUCGGCCCAAUUGUCGACCAAUCGAAAAUCCCCGCCGACAAUUUCAAAGUUAUGGAAUUGCUGCUCCAAGAUUCCGACCAAUUCCUCGAUUUCGACAACUACCAGAUUUCGUCGCAGCCGUACAGCGACAGCGUCGUCCCCGUGCAGUCGAACCCCAAACCGCCGGUUCCCCCCGGACCGGUGUCGGAAAACCGGUUCGAGAUCGAUUUCGCAAGAUCCACCAUAAAUUCUUACAACAACAGCAGCUUCGCCGCCGCUCCGUCUCUCAGCCACAGCGUCUCGUCGUCAUCAAUGGAGGUCGGCGUCGUGCCGGACGGCGGCUCCCUGUCGGAAAUCUCCUAUCCUUUCUCCCGGAACAUUAAUUACGGCAGCGGCGAUCCCACCGGAAACCACCAGGGGUCGUCGCAGGUUGUGAGAAUGGAUAGGGAAGCGAGGGUUUUGAGGUACAAGGAGAAGAGGAAGAACCGUAAGUUCGAGAAGACGAUCCGUUACGCUUCCCGGAAGGCGUACGCAGAAACCCGGCCGAGGAUCAAGGGCCGGUUCGCGAAGAGAACCGACGCCGAGUCGGACAUGGACCGGAUCUUCUCGGCGAAUUUCGUGUCCGACGCGAGAUACGGCGUCGUUCCGUCGUUCUGAAUGAAUAAUGAAUAGUUUUUCAAUCAGAUUAUUACAUGCUUAUAAUGUACUAUCAGUUCAAGAUUAGAUUUUUAAAUUUUUUUUUUCUCUUUUUUUUUUUUUUUUGUCAUUUUUCUUUCUACUUGUGAAAUAAUCCAUAAGAUAUAAAUGUUUAUCGAAACAUGUACUGCUUUUAUUCAGUUGAAUUUCGAGCAAAAAUGGUAAUGCUUAUAAUUAAA